AUGCUAUCGUAUUUAAUUGUAAAAAUCAAGAUGCUGUCGAAAUACCUAACAUUACUCUUAGUGAUUCUGCCAGCUUUUACAUACGCCGGUAUAGUAAUUAAAAUUAAACUAACUAAGAAUGGUGAUGACACUACGGUCGAAUUUCUCGGUGAAGAUUUAGCUGAUAUCACAGAAAAGGAACGGGCGCUUUUUAACAUCGACGACGAAACCUUGAAAAAUGAAACAGAAAAAUUUAUCGGAAAACGCUGCACAAAUGUGUUCCUUAAACCACCGACACCCUGGGGAGACGUGUAUACGAAGUAUGGCUGGGAUCCUGUUAAAAGGAAUAUCAAGCCAAUUGAAGCCAGAGUUAUAGGUGUUAAUAUGAAACCGGUUACCGUCGGUAGUGCGGAAUAUGUCAAUAGUCAUAACAGCCUAGUCGUUCCUUACAAUACAAGCUUAACUCAGCAAGUUAACGAGACUGUUCAACACACCUGGAGUACAGGGGUGAAAUUUGAUGUAGAACAAGAAAUCACAUACGAAAUAACCUUUGCUGAGAAUAGUGUCGAAGGCAGUACAACUAUGUCUUACACUUCAUCUUGGGGCGAGGAUACCACGAAAUUCAGAUCAGUAACCCUCGGCACUACUUCAACUACAAUGACCGAAGUUCCCCCAGGGAAUUCGAUAGUGGCUUCACUUAUCGCUACGCAAGGCACGGUGGAUAUUGAAAUCCGUUACUCCAUCGAUCUCAUAGGAAAAUUAUUUUGUAACUAUGAAGUAUCGUUUCACGGACAUCACUUUUAUGCUAUGCCUAUUCACCAACUCCAUAAAGCUGCAGACACACCUCUCCUGAAAUACUCCACUGAGAAGGUAUCAGUGGGUUUCUAUACUAGCGUCAAGCUGGAGGUGACUAACAGAACUGUUUCGUGA